AUGUUGAGCGCGAUCUGGGAGACAGAGGGGCUGCAGACGGUGGGCAUCGUUGUGCUGGUGUUUGCUUCGAUCAAGCUGCUGCACCUUCUGGGUCUCAUCAGCUUCUCGGAGGACAGCGUCGAAGAUGAGCUUGAGCUAUCUGCAGUCCGCCAUCGCCCCGAGGCCUUGGAGCAGCUUGAAGCCCAGACACGUUUUUCCCGCAAGGAGUUACAGAUCCUUUACCGUGGCUUCAAGAAUGAAUGUCCCAGUGGAGUCGUCAACGAAGAAACUUUUAAAGACAUCUACUCACAGUUCUUCCCACAAGGAGAUGCGUCAACAUAUGCACAUUUCCUGUUCAAUGCAUUUGACACAGAUCACAAUGGCACUGUGAGUUUUGAGGAUUUUGUUAUGGGUCUUUCUAUCCUCCUGCGAGGCACCAUCCAGGAAAAACUCAACUGGGCUUUCAACCUUUACGAUAUCAAUAAAGAUGGAUAUAUCACUAAAGAGGAAAUGCUAGACAUCAUGAAGGCCAUCUACGACAUGAUGGGAAAAUGCACAUACCCUGUCCUCAGAGAGGAGACACCACGUCAACAUGUAGAAGUAUUCUUUCAGAAGAUGGAUAAGAAUAAAGAUGGAGUGGUAACCAUAGACGAGUUUAUCGACUGCUGCCAAAAUGAUGAAAAUAUCAUGCGAUCAAUGCACCUCUUUGAAAAUGUUCUUUAA